CAACAUGCCUGGAAGCGCUAUUGCGACGCGACGCAAGUCGAAUGUUGUCUAUGAAGGAGACAUCAUGUACCUGGCAAUUGACGGCGACGACGGCAAUGUACAUUCCGAUGGGUUCGUAGACGAAGGGCUAACUGCUCUGGGCAACGCCAACAAUUUGCAUGGCGAAGGGUGCCUCUUCAAAAUCCUGCCAAAGCUGUCGUACGAAGCACACAAAGCCCUCAGGCACGCCACGGUGGUGCCCGGCAGCGAAAAGCAUGUUUUGUUGACUCAACAGGUGAAAGUCGAAGUCGAAGCGAAUGCAAGCAUCGUGGCUCGCAUUGGCACUGGGGCGGGCCAGCCGGUGGUGUUUGGGCAGCCAAUUCAGCUGCAGCACGUGGUGUCUGGCAAAUUCCUAACGUCGCACUCCAAAGCAUUAGCGGACAUGGACAAGUCUUGUAUGAAGGUGUCGCUGCAAGCACACGGCUCGUCCAAGAGUUGGUUCACAUUCAUUCCACGCUAUCGCCAUCGCGUCAUUGGCCAACCCCUGACAUUCCAGGAAACAGUGUGCCUUGUACGUUCCAAGAGCCACUCGUUGUAUGUGCACUUGAGCCGGAGUGUGAAUGGUCACGGAGAAGUCAACGUCCACCACAAAGCCACCGACAUGAAACUCGUGUCGUACCACUCGAGUCGACGCGCCACGACGACGACGACGGGGCUACGGUUUGGCAAGCUCUACCGCCUAUACCACGUGGAAGGCAAAGCAUUUGUCGCGUUGUCUGCAAAUCCAUCAAGUGAACAAGCGGUGACAAAACCGCCCUACUUGCGAUACAUUGUGCCCGACUCUGCUUACGUGGACGACGUCAACAUGACGGUCAAGUCGAUGUUCGUUCUCGAGCGAAGCAGCAACCCCCUGGAAGGAGGGGACUUGGUCGAGUUUGCAUCGCCGAUACGAUUCCGCCACCUUGUCACGGGGCGGUAUCUGGCAGUGGCGAUUGAUCCUCCUGCCAUUGAAACUGAGGUCAAUGUGGAGCACAUGCAAGACAAACAAACAGUUUUGCGACUUCACAGCACGACAAGGCAAGAUGCGGGCACUGCCUUCUACUUGACACCGUCGGGCGGGGACAGCCAAACCGUGUAUCGCAUCGAGACGCAAGCCCGCGGUGGUGUCAAGUAUCGGUUGCACAACCCAAACCGGCCGAAACCUAACCGAAGCGGUAAAGCCACUGCCAGCGGACACGUUGUGGCGACCACCGAUUUGAGCGACCAGGAUGUGUUUCACUUGGUGGAAGUGGCCGAGGCGGACGUUCACGACACGCACUUGCUGCUCAGUGUCACGACGCACCUACGUCACCACUUCAACCUCCAAGACGCGUUGGACCGCGGAAAUAGCGUGAGCUUUGAGUCGAUGAAAAUCCCGCUGACAGCGCUGCGCCUUCUCUUGGCUUUUUUCGGGGGCCAAUCGGCAGCCUCGAUCAAACCCGCGAGUACUUCCAACUCUACUGACCACCACCACACCCAGCGACAAGACAAAGCGAGGCAGGUUAAACUGAUCGAUACGCUGUUUGCCAUGUUGCGCGUGGUGCCAGCCAACCAUUUGGACAUGUCGCAGAUCGCCGUAAAUCCGCGGCGACGAGUCAUCCACCGCCUCCAUCAAUUGAUUAACACGGUGCUCGAGCACUUGUUGCGCGAGAACGUAGCCAACAAACAUUACAUCACGACCAGGUCCGUCGUCUCGCCUACGUCGCCGUCGUCGUCUGCGACAACGUACUUGGACGAGAUCAUGCACGCCAUUGGGUCCGAGACCGGAGCCAAGCGCGUGUACUGCCGGGCGUUUGAGAACAACGUCGACUUGCUGGAGCAUCGAGUGAACAUGCGACUCGUGGCAGCGUCGUUUCGACGGCUCCAAGACAAGGGGGUGCGGGCCAUGGGUAUGUUGCCGUUCUUGGCUACAAUUUGCUCGUGUCAUGGUCGUACGAUUCCUGCAAACCAAGAGUUGAUUGCUCGGGCGUUGUACAGUAUCGAUCCCGAUGUGCCAUUUGCCCGAUACAACUUGGUCGUGGAAGUGGCUUCCUGCGCCGCGACGGACCGCUGUUUCAUCACUAACAGCAUGAAAUCCAUGGCAUUGACGAUACCCCAGUGUAUGGAGUCGCACGGCAUCGACUGGAAGCCUCCUGGCCAUGAAAUGGCCGAACAAGGCGCUAGAAACAUUGCGAUUUCGUGGAAGAGUUGCAGCGGGUGGCAGCCAGGGGCGAACGCGUUGUACCACGCCCCCGAAGAGCUUGGGUUGCCGUUGGAGCUGACGGCAGUUGUAUCGGAGGACCUAGCACAGUAUCGCCUGUCGUAUCUGUCGCCAGAACUGUUGUUUAUGGAACAAAACCAAGGAGUGGCGGCGCUUGACGGCGAUUCUGACCCAUCGAUUCCAUCGAUUUUCGACACAUUUUCGAUGAAGAACCUGAUCGAACCUACGGUUCCACAUGGUAAAAAUGGUUUGAUCACGAAAGACCCAAUGUUUCCUGGAGCUCCGAACAAAACGGGCGAGAAGAUGAAGCCCUCCGAAGUACUCCAAGCCACCACAACCUGUGAAAAAUCCGAGGGUUUACAGUUAGUACUAAUUGGAGGUUCAGCAAGUACUAGAACACCCGAACCCUACGAGCCUAACAACGCUAGCAAAGCAGACACCGCCAGGGCCACCGAAUCGACCCCAUCCGUCCCCCACACUGGCCCAAAGUGGGUGCUACUGGAGCACAUCGCGUGGACGUUGCAACCGCAAACGUUAUACCCUCUCUUGUUCAACAUCAACAAGAAGGACAUGAUUCCGUGGUCGGAACUCGAAGCAAAAAUGCCUCGCACUACACGGGACCACUUUAUCCGGUUGCGUGACUUGGCGCAGUAUUUUCAAUUGCAGCUCGACCUGCUCGUAGAACUCGUUCGAGGCGGGUCGGCGUCCUCUAUCCAGGUUGUCACCCGGCAAUUCAGCUACACCAUGUUGCUGGGGGCCAUCUCGAACGAGCGACUUCCACAUUGCCUUCGAACGGCGUUUGGAUUGCUCAUGCAUCAUUGCUACGUCCACGUAUUUCCCCAUGAACCCAUUGUCUCGGGCAGUCGCGUGUUUGUUUACGAAGACAUUCCAAAACUGAAUACUAAACGACAUACCACCUUGCCGUGUACUGCAUUCCAGCUCGACGCUGGCCAUCCCGCAGUCGCCAUUGGCCUCGCCACCAAGGACGACUUCCUCUCGUAUCCCCAUCCAAACAAACUCUCGGUGCUCCAAGCCGUGCUCUUCUCCAUCGUGGCCAAGUUCUCGGCGACCCCGGUGCAUCAGCUCACGGUCGAAUCCACAGCAUUCCUUCGCGCGCUGCUGCACAUGCUUCACGACCUGCUUCGCUUUGGCUUUUACGCCGACGUGGACAUGCAAAAGCGACUCGUGGGGCUACUCAUGGGACUCCUAGACGGCCGCAACACGGGCACUCUGCACGACGACCAGCGCUACCGCCGUACGCCCCUCCAUGACGCCAUGACCACCACGAAAUCGCAGAUUUGCCACAUCUUGUCCACGCUGCACACCAUGUGGCGAGACAUAGAAGUCACCCGCGUGAUGUCGUUCUUCAAGCACGUGUACCUCGAGCCCACGUCGAAGUGGUCGGCGGCGCUCCACAAAAAGCGCCACGGGGUCGUGCGCGUGUCGGACGUUGUGAAAUUGUUGGACGACCCGUCGCUGGACUUGCUUGUGCUGUCCAACGGCACAUUGGACUUUAUCUGUGUGGACUUGAUCAUGUACGACGACAAGGUGCUCGUACACGAGGCGAUGAAGCUGAUGAUCCAGGCCAACACGCGCCGGGAACAGGUGCUCCGAGCUGUCAUGGAUUGCCUCCUCGUGUACAGCUCCCCCCCAUCACGGGGGGCGUCAGUCGGGGGGCUCAAAGCCUCACCCGGCUACCACGUGUUCAAGGAACUCAGGGGGAUGCUGCCGACGCUCAAAUACAACGUUUCCCUCGCGCAGAGCCCCGCGAUGACUGCGGAUUUGGCGGCCGUCCUCACGACGCUGCGUGCGAUGGUGGUGCAGUUGACAGGGUGCUGUGUGGACACGUCGCCGACAGGGCUGUCGGUUCCCCUUGGAGGCAGCCGCAAGUCGAGUUUUUGGGGCAUGGUCACCCCCGUCUCGACCACCCGACACAAGUUCCCCAACUACGAAAAGCAGCGCGUGGUGCUGCACCUUCGUGUCCACGAACAAGUGAUUCCGCUGCUGCAAUUGCAAGCGCGAGACGACGUGGCGACGGAAUUGGCCGCCGUCCAAGCCGCCGUAUGUGACUUCCUCACGCACUUGGUUCAGCAGCACCCCGCAGGGCAACACGCAAUUUUCAAACACUUGCCGACGUUGUGGCCUCGGUUUGACGACGUCAGUGGAAUGGGAGAUGUGUUGAUUGCGCUGCUCAUGCACAAUGCCACGCUGUGCAAGAACCUGCCCGAGGAAGCUAUGUGGAAGAUGGUGCGGAUACUUGACGGCCACUGCCAACGCCUGGCACGCCGACCCGACCGCGCCGCCGCUCCUAUCACGUCCAAGGGCCAUCGGGGGAGUCCGACGUCCGAGUCGUUUCAAGUGGUGUGUCAGAUCUUCGACUUUGUGAUGGUAUACAUGGCCCCCAAUGAGAUGCCGUGUGCGUCCAACCAACGGCUGUGGCUUGAUGUGUUCACACAUGCGCAGUUUACGCACACGGUGCCGCCAUUCGCCGCGGGUAUUGAAUAUUGGAUGGACGUGCUGUCGGACGAGAUCAUCGAGUCCGCGGGGUACCGUGCGCUGGUGGACGCCGUGCAGUCGCCAGACCAACCCCACCAACUGCAUUACUUUCAAAAGGUGCUUGUGCUCAUGGGGCUCUCAUGCCGAGGGCGGAACCUGCCGUGUGAAGUCAAGUGCCAGCAAACGUACCCGCUUAACUUGAUCCUCACGCUUCUCUUGGACGCCAAGAUGCCCAUGGGGCUCAAAUACGUUGCGAGUCGGUACUUGACGCUGGUGUUUCUGCACGCCGACGGGUUCACAGAGCUCACGUCGCUGCAGUCCCCCAUGUGGCGCCUUCUCAUGCAAAGCUCCAACACGAUUGCCGACUUUGCCGCGAGCAACAGUCAGCGGUUUCUCUACCGAAGCGACGACCGCAACUUUCAAGACUUGUACUCCGAAUACGUGUACUUUGGGCUCUUAGACGUUGUCACAUGCUUCUUUGCCCGGGUGUUUCGUCCCGCGGCGCACCAUAUCCACGUCGACGGCCAAAUCACUGCGAUUCGGACCGCACUGGCAACGGCCUUGGCUGCGUUGGCCGAACGGUCGGCUGCGGACGCUGCGCAGUCCAAGGUUUGCCACAACUGCAGAGUAGCGGUGGGGCUGGUCGAAUCGACGUCCGGAACGUUCUCUACGACGGCAGCAGGCCGCGGUCGAGUCUUGCGACGAGACGACAGCGCCAAACUGCAAAUGCAAUCGAGCCCGUACGACCGGUUCAAACUCGAAUUGUCUGUUGACGACGCCAUUCAAGCCACGCUGACCAGUGAAUUCCACGCCCUUAUUCGGCGGUGGGAGGCCAUAGACAUUGAGCGUCACAGCCACAGCUCCAACGUCACGCAGCGCCUCUUUUGUACGAAAAUCAUCGAGUUUGUCGAAGCCAACCCGACGUCCGGAUGUGUCGUAGACGCGCUCAAAAUUUUGCACGAGCUGUGCGCCAAGCAUCAUGUUUCCGCCGACGACAAGAAGGUCAUGGCCGAAGUCGACGUCGAAGAGGCCAUGGACAAGCACACGACAAUGCAAACAUUUCUCGCCAGUUGUGGCGCCGCGAGGAUGGUGGUGCAUGUGAUUGCCACGAGCAGUCGCGCCCCCGUCGUCCUCUGCGCCAUUCGCCUCGCCUCGGAGUUGCUCUACGGAGGCAACAUCGACGUCCAGACGCUAGUGAUUGACAGCCUCGUGGCGCGGCAAGACGAUAGAUUUUUCGUUCAAGUCGACAAGCUACUGCGCCACGAAAUUGACCGGGUUAAGGAAGCUCGCCGAUUGACCAAGCUGAUGGGCGAAGUGCGGCCUGAAUUCCGUCGACGCGGCUCCGAGAUAACGUCGUCUCAGAAACCCAAGGCCACCGUAACAACCUCGAGGCCAUUGAUGGGGGGGUCGCCUCAUGCGGUGGGGGACGAUGACCAUAACGUGUCGGCCGACCUCGUCAUUCAGUUUCUCACGCAAUGUGCCAAAGGGCACUUUCGGCGGAUGCAAACGGCCAUGUUGACUCAAUCGGGUCUGGGCCACCCGUCCACCGUGAAGAACGUCAACAUCUUGGCGUCCGUGGUCGCGUUCAUGUCGAUUUUGGUCAAGGACGAGCUCACGUUGGCGAGUUUACCGUUGGAAGAUGGCGAGUCGCUGGUCCAGUGCUGGGCGUUCCUGGCCGUGUAUAUGCAAGGGCCGUGCAAAGAGAACCAGGAGUACUUGCUCCAGUCAUCGCCCAUGGUUGAACUCUUUCGCAAGACGCUCAAAGUGCACUUGGUCGUUCCCCUAACGGCACAUCCAGUGGACAAUGACGGCGUCCAGAUCGUCGUGGAAAAACUGCUCAAAGGACAUGCAACUAAAGCCAUGGUGAGUGCACUGGAAGGUCGCAUGACGUCUGCUUCGAUCACGCGACUUUGCAGUGGCCUCGAGGUUGGCGCCAUCAAGCGGCGACUGGUGGAAAUCCACGAGCAAUUCCAACUUGAAAAAGACAAGCACGUCCAAGACGUAACGUGGGACGAACGGUUCUUAGAAGAAGGCUUGGACUUGAUCACGUUGGCCAAGGUAGCUUUCGGCGCUUCGUUUGAUGUAGCCGACAUGCCCAUGCGAGUGAAGCGUGUGAACUUUGUGUCCGAGGACGCAUACGUCGUGGCCAAGCGAGCGUGGCAAGAGUCGAUGCGGUUCUACACUGCCCACGCUUUCUUUGCAUCGAUGCACCACUCGGUGGAGAUCUGGUGGGGCGCCGACAUUGGCAUUGAGACAGUGUACUUUGCGCUGCCAUCACACUGUCGCAUGCUGGCUUGCCUUGGGCCAAAGAAGGACCGUCUGCUCAACGAACUCAAUUACAAGUCCAACGACAGGCUCAAACAGUUUGUCAAGGCCACAUAUGGUUUUGACCAGGAAAUGCAACACAUGGAAGUGCUCAGCACGUUCAAGUUGUACAACGUCGUAAGGCCGUACAUUCCGCACUUCAAAACCGCCAGUUUCUUCUUGGCGAUUAGCAUGAACGUCAUCAUGGUCGUGGCCGUGGCGAGAGACGACACCCGGACGCAUUUCAUCAUGAAGCCCCAGCCGCUGUUCGACGCGCAGACGGUCAUGGGCAACUUCCAAGUGUUCUUCUCGUUGUGUGUACUCAUGUUUAUCCUCGUGAUUUCCGUCCCGCUCGUGUUUCGACGCCGAUGGAACGUGCGCACCAAACACGCGAUGCUCGAGUACAAGCUCCACCGGUCCAUCGGUUCGUUGGACUCGGUGCUUGACUUGGACGAGCUCAAGAUCCAAGUCGAAGUGCGCGUAGAACAGUCGCGCGUGUGGUGGGCGCACCUCCACGCGUCGUACGGGACGUUUGGCAAACUCAUCUGUCUCGUGUUGCUGUUGCAAUUUACCCUCAUGCAGGCGACGCCCAACCUGCCGUCGUGGCUUCCCGUCGCGCUGCUGAUGCUACCGUUCAUUCAAAGCACCCGCAUGUACUUGGAGAAUGGCAGCGGAUACGGCGCGUUCAUUUUUACGGCCCUGUACGACGUCGUCCUCGACAAGUACACGGCGUUUUACUUUUUCUAUUUUGCGAUUUCUGUCGGCGGGCUCAUUGUGCACCCGUUCAUGUACAUGUUUCACCUGUUUGACAUUGUCAUGAUGAGCCCGACGUUGCAAAACGUGGUGGCGUCCGUGACCAAACCAGGUCGGGUGCUGCUGCUCACCACGUUGCUCGGCCUCUGUGGUAUCUACUUCUUCGCGAUGCUCCUCUUCUUCGCCCAGCCCACAGACGCCGUGGACCAAGUCAACCACGUGGCGUACUGCAAGACGUUGAUGGACUGCUUUGCGCUGUGCGUCCACCGCGGCAUCCCGCACAUCGGCGGCGUCGGGUACAUCCUAUCCGAUGGGUUCCACAACCCACCGCAGUUCCUGGACCGCACGCAUUACUGGAGCCGCAUCGUGUACGACGUGGCAUUCUUUGCUUUUGCAGUGAUCAUGCUCAACAUGAUCUUCGGGAUCACCGUCGACACAUUCAGCGACCUGCGCACGGACAGCGCCGACCGCGCCGAGCUCAAAAUGAACCAGUGCUUUGUGUGUGGCCAAGCCCGCGCAGUGUUUGACAACCAUUACAUUCAACGCGGCCUGCCCAACGGGUUUCAGAAGCACAUUGACGAAGAACACAACAUGUGGCACUACAUGUAUUUCCUCGUGCAUGUCAACUCGAAACACCUGAUCGAAUGCAACGGACCAGAAGCCUACGUCAAGAAACUGCUGGUGAAGGAGGAUUUGUCUUGGUUUCCGCAAGGAAAGGCGGCGUGCCUUGACGCCACCAACACCCGCCAGUCUGUCAAGGACGACCUCGUCCAGAUCAAGUCGCAGCUUCAAUCGCUCGGUCUACAGUCCGAAGUUGUGGCGGACCUUUUCCAACGCAAGCGCGAUAGCAAGGCAAAAAACGCCACCCGCGCCGUGUAACCGUCGCCAAGUAGAAUGUUUGUUAACCCUGACUUCACCUGAAUGUUGG